GCUCAACAUUUUUGGUGGCAUCAGCUCCGAUCUUUGCUCACUUCUUGUUAACUAAACGCAGUGAUUUUCUCGAUCAGUUAUGGUUUCUUUUCUUGGUAUAAAUGAAAUAGCUUUAGUUCGUAGUUUAGUUGAUGUUCGUUUCUCCAAGUCUAUGAUCCUUCACUGAUCUGUUACGCUCAUGAGCCUCGGACUCUUCGAUAUUGCUUGAUCAUCAUAUCUGAGUCUUUGUUCAUCGAAGCAAGGAUUUCGGAGAUGGCAACUUUGAUAGCCUCAAACUUUUUACCAAGCACCUCACAUGUGAAUGGAGCUUCAGGCUCAGAAACCAGGACAAACUUGGGACAGAUAGCUCUGUGGAACCAACCAAUGACUCACAAUGGCUUAAGAUCUUUGUAUAACUUGGAUCUGCUUCGGAUUCGAACCCGUACUAGUGCAUUUUCUCUGCAAGUCAUGAGAAAAGCUGCGAGUGAUAUUGGAUCUGUGGGAAGGAUCGUCUGUCGUCAAGGAAUGAACUUGGUCUUUGUUGCAGCUGAAGUUGGUCCAUGGAGCAAAACCGGUGGCCUUGGUGAUGUUCUUGGAGGGCUCCCACCAGCUAUGGCGGCUAAUGGCCACCGAGUCAUGACGGUGUCUCCUCGCUAUGAUCAAUACAAAGAUGCUUGGGACACUAGUGUACUGGUUGAGAUAGAAGUUGGCGGCAAUGUUGAAACUGUUCGGUUCUUCCACUGCUACAAACGUGGAGUUGAUCGUGUUUUUGUGGAUCAUCCAUGGUUCCUUGAGAAGGUACGGGGUAAAACAGGAUCCAAGAUAUAUGGGCCUAAGGCAGGAGUUGAUUACAACGACAACCAAUUGCGCUUCAGCUUGUUGUGCCAGGCUGCGCUGGAGGCACCAAGGGUUCUCAAUUUGAACAGCAACGAAUACUUCUCUGGACCUUAUGGAGAGGAUGUUGUGUUCAUUUGCAAUGAUUGGCACACUGCUCUUGUUCCUUGCUACUUAAAAACCAUCUACAAACCAAUGGGGCUUUAUAAAAGUGCCAAAGUUGCAUUUUGCAUCCACAAUAUAGCUUACCAAGGACGAUUUAGUGUUGAUGACUUUCAACAACUUAGUUUACCUGACCAACUUAAGGGUUCUUUCGACUUCAUUGACGGGUAUAACAAACCUGUGAAGGGAAGAAAAAUCAACUGGAUGAAAGCCGGAAUAUUGGAAUCGGACAGGGUUGUUACUGUGAGCCCUUACUAUGCCCAGGAACUUAUUUCUGGAGAAGACAAAGGUGUAGAAUUAGAUAACACUAUUCGCAAUACUGGAAUCACUGGAAUUGUGAAUGGCAUGGAUGUUCAAGAGUGGAAUCCAGCCACAGACAAACACUUGAAUGUCAACUAUGAUGAAACAACUGUACUGGAUGCAAAGCCUCUUUUGAAGGAGGCCCUUCAAGCAGAAGUUGGGCUGCCAGUUGACAGGAACAUCCCAUUGAUCGGCUUCAUUGGUAGGCUAGAGGAGCAAAAAGGUUCGGAUAUUCUAGUGGAAGCUAUUCCAGAACUAGCUAGAGAGAAUUUGCAGAUAAUAGUCCUUGGAACUGGCAAAAAGGACCUGGAGAAGCAGAUUAAACAGCUCGAGACAAAAUAUCCGGGCAAGGCUGUAGGGGUGCUGAAAUUCAAUGUUCCAUUAGCCCACAUGAUUACUGGUGGUGCUGAUUUUAUGUUGAUCCCAAGUAGAUUUGAACCAUGCGGUCUCAUUCAGUUGCAUGCUAUGAGAUACGGAACAGUUCCCAUUGUUGCUUCAACCGGUGGACUUGUGGACACUGUCAAAGAAGGUUUCACAGGAUUUCAAAUGGGAGGUUUCAAUGUUGAUUGCGAUGAAGUUGAUCCGGCCGAUGUACUAGCAAUAUCUACUACGGUGAAGAGAGCUGUUACAAGCUAUGGUUCAGCUGCCUCGAAAGAAAUGAUCCAGAAUUGCAUGGCACAAGAUCUUUCCUGGAAGGAACCUUCGAAACAAUGGGAAAAGAUGCUGUUGAGCCUGGAAGUAGCUGGCGGCGAACCUGGCUUUGAAGGGGAAGAGAUUGCUCCUCUUGCCAUGGAAAAUGUUGCCACCCCUUGAGCAUUAGUAUCCAAUAGUGGUGGAGCUAUGAAUUGGUUGCGAGUAAGCGAGUGAUGUCUGAUGGUGGGAAUAUCUCAGCUUAUAUAUCUAAAAUGGAUUAUGGCUGAAGGUGAACGAUGUUUGAGGUGUAAAGUAAUGAAUCGGAUGCGUCCUUGUUGCGAUCAUGGGAGCUGAAGAACAAGAUUUUCAGAUCCUGCUUGUUUUCAUAUAGGAGUGUGCUGAUAAAUAAUGUAAUAAUCAUAUGAGGUGCUUGGCUUCUUGCCAUGGUAUUUGGAGCUGUUAACCAUUGAAAUAUUCUACAGUGCACGGACUUAA